AUGACGGUGCGUAAAGGAAAAAAACUCACCAUCUCCAUCCAGGAACACAUGGCCAUAGACGUCUGCCCGGGCCCGAUCCGACCAAUCAGACAGAUCUCCGCCUACUUCCCCCGUCUCUCCCCGACUGGUGAACCUAUCUCCUCACACCCUGCUGCCUCUCCAGUGGCCCUCAGCCCUGGGCUCGGGGCUUCUGGGGUGGGGAGCAGCACACUUCUCUCCCCGAUACAAGCUGGGGCCAGGGGAGGUGGUGGAACACUGUCAUUGUCCAGCAGUGUUGACACAUCAGUGGACAUCAACAGCUCAGACAGUGAUGACUGCACGGCUCUCGGGACAUUAGAGUUCGAAUUGCGAUAUGAGAGAGCAACCAGCUCCCUACACUGCACCAUCCUCAGAGCCAAGGGUUUGAAGCCUAUGGAUUUCAACGGCUUGGCAGAUCCAUAUGUUAAGAUUCAUCUCCUGCCUGGAGCAAGUAAGGCUAAUAAGUUGAAAACCAAAACGAUACGGAAUUCUCUAAAUCCAGUCUGGAAUGAGACUCUAACAUAUAUUGGAAUCACGGAAGAAGACAUGCACAGAAAGACCCUGAGGUUAUCAGUGUGUGAUGAGGACAAGCUGACUCAUAAUGAAUUUAUUGGUGAGUCGCGGGUGGCUUUAAGGCGUGUGAAACCAGACCAGACAAAACGCUUCUACACCUGCCUAGAGCAUCCACCCCCUCUUCCCUCCCCAACGGCAAUGGGAGCGGCACUGAGAGGGAUCUCCUGUUAUCUCAGAGAGUGGGAGCAGGAGCAGUUGCACAGUCUGGAGGAGCGAGGCCGUCUGUUACUGUCGCUCCAGUUCCUGCCUCCGUCUGUAGAGGGCGAUGGAAAGGCUCGGCGGGGAGGUCUGUGUGUCGGUGUUCAGCGCUGUGCUCACCUCGCUGCCAUGGAUGUCAAUGGCUUCUCUGAUCCCUAUGUAAAAACAUAUCUGAAGCCUGAUGUGCAAAAGAAAUCAAAACAUAAAACGGCCGUGAUUAAAAAGACCCUUAACCCAGAAUUUAACGAGGAGUUCUUUUAUGAGAUCUCUUUCACAGAGCUAGUCAGUAAGACGCUGGAAGUCACCGUAUGGGACUAUGACCUGGGUCGAUCCAAUGAUUUUAUAGGUGGAGUGUGCCUGGGCUGUCACUCACAGGGAGAUGCUCUACGCCAUUGGAUGGACUGUCUGAGGAAUAAGGGACAGAGGGUGGAGCGAUGGCAUGUCCUGACCAAUGAACUCCCUCAGAGCUCCUGCCAGGACUGA